AAAUUGUCGUAUAUGAUGAUUUUUUUAAUUAAUUUCUGUAUCCAUAGAAAGUCAAAUAAAUAUUAAAAACCUUUUUUAAUUAGCUGACGUGGCAAGUUGUGGAGUUUUAAUAAAAAGAGGCACCGCGCGGCAUGUCUUUUCAAUUUUGUAUUACUGUUUUUAUAAAAAAAUGGCCGGCGAAGACUCUUCCGAUUCCAUCAUCGUCAACGUCGACGGAGACGAUAACAAAUCCGCGUUAUUCGGCAAGUACGACCUCGGAAAGCUUCUCGGCAGCGGUGCGUUCGCCAAAGUCUACCAGGCGGAGGAUCUCCACAACGACCGCGAGAGCGUCGCGAUCAAAGUCGUCCAGAAGAAGCGUCUGAAAGACGGACUCACGGCGCACGUCAAGAGAGAAAUCUCCGUCAUGCGCCGCCUCCGCCACCCUCACAUCGUCCUCCUCUCCGAGGUCCUCGCCACCAAGACGAAGAUCUACUUCGUCAUGGAGCUGGCCAAGGGAGGGGAGCUGUUCUCGAGAGUCUCGAGCAACCGAUUCACGGAGAAGCUCAGCCGGAAGUAUUUCCGGCAGCUGAUCUCCGCCGUGAGGUACUGCCACGCGAGGGGGGUUUACCACCGCGAUCUCAAGCCGGAGAAUCUCCUCCUCGACGAGAAUCGCGAUCUGAAGGUUUCCGACUUCGGUUUAAGCGCGAUGAAGGAGCAGAUCAAAUCCGAUGGGAUGCUGCACACUCUCUGUGGGACCCCUGCUUACGUGGCACCAGAGCUUUUAACGAAGAAGGGAUACGAUGGAUCGAAAGCGGAUAUAUGGUCAUGCGGCGUCGUUUUGUUUCUUCUAAACGCGGGUUACUUGCCGUUUCGAGAUUCAAACAUCUCGGGACUCUACAGGAGAAUCCGAACGGCUCAAUACACCAUGCCGGAGUGGACUUCUCCGGAGCUAACGAAUCUUCUCCGCCGUUUACUGGAGCCGAUCCCGGAGAAACGGAUCACCGUCGACGAGAUUUUAAAGGAUCCGUGGUUUAACCACGGAGUAGAUCCGAGCGAGAUCGUCGGGAUUCAAGUCGAUGAUUACGAUCUGGAGGAGAGCGGGAAGAAGCUAAACGCGUUUGAGCUAAUCGCGUCGUCGUCGACGGCGAAUCUCGCCGGUUUGUUCGGGAACUUCGUGACGCCGGAUCAUUGCGAUCAGUUCGUUUCCGACGAGAGUCCGGCGGAGAUUAUGAGGAAGGUUGUGGAGGUUGCGAGGCAGCUGAAUCUGAGGAUUGCGAAGAAGAAGGAGAGAGCGGUGAAGCUGGAAGGGUCGCAGGGAGUGACGAACAUCGUGGUGAAGAUUCGGAGAUUGACGGAUGAGUUGGUGAUGGUGGAGAUGAAGAACAAGCAACGAGACGUGGGCUUGGCUUGGGCCGACGAGCUCAGGCGAAAACUGCGUCGUAUCAUUAACCAACCGGUUAAUAGGGGUCCGUAGAAUUGUUUCAACACUAAAACGAAUUUUACUCGGGAUUUUCAAAUGAACAAAUACAACCGGUUUUGAUGAGGAUUCGAGAAGCACUAUAGUGAACCAGUUCGGUUUACAGUGGAGCAGAGAGUAAUGGGAAGAUUGGCCUCUCUCUGUAUAUAAAAAACAAGAAAAAGAAAAUGAAGAAUACUAGCCGGAAUUACAUUUUUUGUUUCUUUUUAUUUUACAAAAGUAUAUUUUUAACAUAAUACAAAAUUAUGUGCUACAUUCAUUGGAGAGAAUUUGAAUAAGACUCUGAUUUUUACGUG